AUGUCUUAUACACUCUACGGAUUUGCAAUGUCCUCCUGUACCCAGCGUAUAAGGAGCAUCCUCAACUUCAAGAAGAUCCCCUACACCUAAAAUUCAGUGAACUUCCUCAAGAAAGAGUAGAUGUCAGAAGAGUAUAAAAAAAUACACCCUCGUCAAAUAAUUCCAGCUCUGAUUACUCCAGAAGGACAUACUCUCAUUGAGAGUGUAGCCAUCGCAGAAUACUUAGAGGAGGUACAUCCAGAAAAACCAAUCUUACCCAAAAAUAGGAUUUAAAGGGCUCAAGUCAGAGCCAUCGCCGAGUACAUCAAUUCAUCAAUUCAGCCAUUCCAACAUUUGGGCAUACAACAAUAUAUUAAUUCGCACUCGGAAAAGCAAAUGGAAUGGAAAGAUCAAUGGAUUCACUGGAAUAUGUUGGGUAUCAGCAAUCUAGAAAAGAGCAUCUCAAGAACAAGAGGCAGAUUCAGUGUUGGCGACUAAUUAACAUUAGCAGACAUUAUGAUCUAUUGUCAAGUCGAUUCUGCAUAGACAAGAUUCGGUUUAGACUUUGGAUAAUAUCAUAACAUUAUGAAUAUUUACUUCAAUGUCAACAAUAUCAAAGAAAUCGAAUAAUCAAGAGGAAUCUAUUAAAAAGAUUUCCCUAAAUGAUUAUAAGUGAUUAAUCAAAAAUAACAAGUAUUAUUUUUAU